CUAGACUAAAGGCUAUUGGGACACGCUUGGAGUCGUUUGACUCUGGAGAAGAGACUAAUUGCUCUACACGUAGGGGAAACCAUAUGACUACGGGAAGGCACCAAGGUGCUUAAUAAAUCUGGUAGCCCGCCGACUCCAACCUCUCCGCAGCCAAGCGGGCAAUAAGCUGGGAGGGCAAGGAGGAAAGGGAAGAGGAGGAGCGUGGGAAGCCAACUAGCGGUGUCAAUACAAUAGGCUCGUUGUAUGUGUAGAUGUGCGCGCCUGCUGGGAGUCUGCAGACAGAGAGGAAAGGCACAGGCGCUGAACGGACUCAGCCCCUCUGCCAGGGUACAAUCCAGCCAUGCUUGCCAUCUGAAAGGGCAGCGGAGGGGAAAAGCCAGCGAUCUACAGCAGCUGCAACAGAAAGGAUGCUUUAGGAUGAAACGCCACAGGAACCUCAGCAGCAGCGACAGCUCAGACAAUGAGAGUCCUUCGACUUCAUUUUCUUCCUGCUUUCAGCAUAAGGGUAAAGGCAAAUAUACAGCCGAUGAAGGAAAGAAAUCUGCCGAGGUAUUCCGGAAAGAUCUUAUUAGUGCCAUGAAGAUCCCAGACUCCCAACAUGUCAGCCCAGAGGAGUAUUACCAGUUUGCAGACACCUGGAAACAAGAAUGGGAGAAGGGUGUCCAGGUGCCAGCCAAUCCUGAUAAUAUCCCACAACCUUCUCUAAGGGUCAUUGCAGAAAAGGCAAAAGAGGUGUUGUUUACACGCUCAAGAAAGUAUAUUCAUUGCUCCAACCAAGAGCCUGCAGAGCCUGGAUACAUCAACAUCCUGGAACUUGCAGAGAGCAUGUGCCGAUAUGACCUUGAUGAUCUGGACCUGUAUUGGCUAGGAGAAUGCAACCUUGAGCUUGCGGACAUGGGAUGUGCUCCUGUUGAUGAGAGCACAAUGGAGAAAACACUGGAGGUUUUGGAACGGCAUUGCCAUGAAAACAUGAACCAUGCCAUAGAGACAGAGGAGGGCCUGGGGAUAGAGUAUGAUGAAGAUGUCAUCUGUGAUGUGUGCCGUUCCCCAGACAGUGAGGAGGGCAAUGAUAUGGUAUUCUGCGACAGGUGCAACAUUUGUGUUCACCAGGCUUGUUACGGCAUUUUAAAGGUCCCUGAAGGCAGUUGGCUCUGUCGCACUUGUGUCUUGGGGUUGCACCCACAGUGUAUCUUAUGUCCAAAAACAGGGGGCGCUAUGAAAGCCACAAGGACUGGUACCAAGUGGGCACAUGUGAGCUGUGCUCUCUGGAUCCCAGAGGUUAGCAUUGCCUGCCCAGAGAGAAUGGAGCCAAUUACUAAAGUUUCACACAUCCCUCCUAGCCGGUGGGCGUUAGUUUGCAGUCUCUGCAAGCUGAAGACAGGUGCCUGCAUACAGUGCUCAGUUAAAAGCUGUAUCACUGCUUUUCACGUAACGUGCGCCUUUGAACACAGCCUGGAAAUGAAGACUAUACUGGAUGAAGGGGAUGAAGUCAAGUUCAAGUCAUACUGCUUAAAGCACAGCAAGAGCAAGCAUGGGCCAAUAACAGGGCAGGAAGAGCCUCAAAAAGCACACAGUGACCACAGGCCAACAGAGAGCGAGAGAACCAGCUUGCGAGCCCAGAAGCUGAAGGAGCUGGAGGAGGAUUUUUACACAUUGGUGAAAGUGGAGGAUGUGGCAGCAGAACUUGGCCUGCCCAUGCUAACGGUAGACUUUAUUUAUUCUUUCUGGAAGUUGAAAAGGAAAAGCAAUUUUAACAAACCUUUGUUGCCACCUAAAGAGGAUGAACAGAAUGGUCUGGUCCAACCCAAGGAAGACAGCAUUCAUACUAGAAUGAGAAUGUUCAUGCAUCUUCGGCAAGACCUGGAGCGGGUGAGGAAUCUGUGCUAUAUGGUAAACAGGAGAGAGAAGCUGAAAUUGUCCCACAGCAAAAUCCACGAGCAGAUCUUCAAUUUGCAGGUGCAGCUUGUCAAUCAGGAGGUGGCAGCAGGGCAACCAUUAUCGAGUGCACUAGAAAAUACACUGUUCUACCCUCCACCCAGGAUUACUUUGAAGCUUAAAAUGCCAAAACCCAGAACACAUGACCGCAGAAUCAGUUCUGUGAAAACAGGAGCCAUGUCCAGUCCAGAUAAGCAAAACAGCAGCACUUACCUUGGGAUGAGGGGUGAAGUCCACAAGCAAACUUCUGAACAUGCCAAACUCUACUCCACUUAUGCCUCUGAACAGAGAAACAAUGGUUUGCUGGGAGGAAUAACAAGGUUACACAAGGAAUUUCAGGGUACAGGGUGUCAACCAUCAUCACGGUUUCGUUCAUCAGGGAAACCUAAGUCACUACAAGCUGUCAUCCAUGGGCACUCUUCAAAUGGUAGUGGGAAGGUAAAACAUGGACAUGUAGGUUUGGCAAGAGCUAAUGGUGUAUUUAGUUGCAGUGGGGACAGAACUCAGAAAGAUAACUCAAGCCAAACAUCUCCUGGGCAGGACUCUGAUAUUAUGUGUCAUAUAGCAGGUCAGAGCAACUUUAGGAAAACCAACAUGGAACACUACAGCAGGUCAUUCAAAGAGGCAACCAAUAAUAUAGUUAAAUCCACAGAAGAUCUGAGAAGUUCUGAAAAGCCCCAACGGCGUCCAUCCGUAAAAGAACGUUUGUGGAGCAAACAGCCGGCUGAUACUCAAUCCUCUGGCACUCCAUACCAAGACAAUGAUGGCUACUGCCCUGACCUGGAGUUAAGUGACUCUGAAGCUGAAAGUGAUGAGAACAAGGACCAUAUGCUGUUACGGCUAAACAGUCGGGAAAGUCCAAACAGGGACUCAAGUAGAAACAGUCGCAUUAGAAGCAAAAGGAAAAUGACUGCUCACAGUUCAGUGCAGAGGUGAUAAAUAGCUUUCCAUCCCGAACAUUUGUUUUUCUGCUAGAGCAUAUUUGAUGCCAACGUUUGGUCAAUGAACCUCCAAAAUGUAAUAGUUAGUUGUUAGACUUGAUUGAGUGUAGGAGUUUGCUGAGAAUUGCAGGAGUCAUUCAGAUUUCUGUGUGAAAUUGUAACAUCGUGGGCAGCUCAGCAAGGCUAGUUCCUACACCCAAGGAAACCUUUUAAUUAAUUAAAGGUAUUUUAAUAUUUUCUGUGUCAGAUAAUAUCAUGAUCCUAUGUGGAUAAAGGAGAAAUUUGUAUGAUAAUUCAAGACUAUAGUUUUAUUUUGUACAUUUUAAGAAUCUGAAAAUCUAAAACACUACAGCCUUCAGUUUGAAGGCUCAUUUUAGACUGUUGCAGGGUCAGACAAACCUCUUCAUCAAAUCGGUACCAAACUUGAAGCUUAACACUGUUUUUGUCACCAAAUGUGCUGUAAUUUUAUCCUGCUCGCUAGUCCAUGCUGGCUGUAGAUACUCUUCCUGAAGUAAUCUCACUGCUUGUCAUCCAAUACAUACUUUUCCCAAUGAAGUACCAAUUGUGAACACUAAGUAGGACUAGAUGAUAUACAGAUUCUUUCAACUUUACUGUGCCUUCAGUGAGUGAAACACAGCAAACGAGCAGAAGGAACAUACUGUGCAUUUCUAUUGGUGGCCACAAUACAAAAAGUCAGUUCUUUGCACUGUUGGAAUAUCUUGCAUCCUUAUACACUACAAUAGGUAUAUGUAAUUGCUUUUCAGAGGGUGACAUGAUUAGGAAAGCCGCUUUGACCCAAAUGUAGUUAUACAUUUACUAUAUAGUAAUGUGUAGAUCAGAGUAGAUUAACUAAAUGGAAUUCAUAAUCCCAUCUGCAAAUUGUUGCCAGAUUUUCCUGAUUCAUAAUUGUUUAGUGGCAGCCUAAAA